AUGGUUUACCAGAAGUUUACGCUUAAUGAAGUAAUGAAGCCUAAGUAUGCGUUUGCAUCGUCUGGUCUUUUUUUCAUUCUUUUGGGAUUCCUGCUAUUUGAUACCUAUCUGAUCAGAGCAGGAAACAUUGUGCUGUUCAUUGCUGUUGUGCUGUCGAUCAAGUCCCUUGAGCACUUCCGCAGCAUUCUUCUCUUCUUCUUCGGCUUUCUUAUUUCUUUCAAAAUGACAAGCCUCGGGCUGUUCCUGGAAAUAGCUGCGCUCUUCCUCUGGACCACAUCAAAAAUAACAUCAAUAGUUGCAUCGCCUGUGAGAAUGCUUAAAAGCGUGUUUUUAAGAUAG